UCCGUAGGAAGGCGGGUGCCAACACAGAGGGGUUACAAUCCUUUUAAGCAGUGGGGUGGGGUGGGAGCUGUUCAGGAAGUUGGCAGCGGAAACAUGGUGAGAGCACCCUGCUGCGAGAAGAUGGGACUCAAGAAAGGACCGUGGACUCCUGAGGAAGACCAAAUUUUGGUGGCUUACAUCCAGAAAUUUGGUCACGGAAAUUGGAGGGCACUCCCUAAGCAAGCCGGUCUCUUGAGGUGUGGCAAAAGUUGCAGACUUAGAUGGACUAACUAUUUGAGACCGGAUAUCAAGAGAGGAAAUUUCAGUAGGGAGGAAGAGGAGACCAUCAUCCAAUUGCAUGAAAUGUUGGGAAACAGGUGGUCGGCAAUCGCGGCGAGGCUGCCUGGACGAACAGACAAUGAGAUCAAGAAUGUGUGGCAUACCCAUCUGAAGAAGAGAUUGAAACAAAGCACCGGACCAGCGAACCAGGCCUGCAGCACCAUUCAAGUUGCAGACGACAAGGUGAAACUAAUAAGAGAAGCAAAGCCUCCCCAAAUCCUAGAGCCUAGCGUUGCAACAAAAAUCGAAUGCGAUAGCUGGAUCGAAAAUCCAGUGUCCCCACAACAAUCCUCCAGCAACUUCUCGUUUUCAAGCACCGAAUCGUCGUCGAUCAUAACUUCCGAGAACAGGGCUAUCACGACUUCCGGAGCUGAAGACGAAUGCAUGGACUCUUUUGGCUCCAUCGAUUCAACCGAGUUUUGGCCCGAAAAUCUUUCCGAUAUGGAUGAAUUUUGGUUGGACGCACUAAACGAAGACAAAGUCAUCGACGACGGCAAGCUUCCGGUAGGCGCCACCACGGUCGACCAGGCGCUCCAUGUGCCGCUCUCUCCAUUGCCACUCUCCAUGUGCCAAGACGACGGCAUGGAUUUCUGGUUGAAUGUGUUGUUGGCCGGGCAGACGCCAGAGUUUUGAUGCCCUUAGCCGGAUUCCGGCGGAGUUAGGAGGACAACCCGGGAUAGAUUAAAAAGAAAAGACAGGCUUUAGUUUUUUUUUCCUUUCUGAAUCUGAAAGUAUUUUUUGUUGGUUGUCGAUCACUCAGAACAAAGCGGGCUGCUGUGACAAAUCGCUUGAGAAGGCGAAUUUCCGUGCCCCAUGUAGAGAAAGUUCGACCGUUGCGCAGAUGCUAAUAAUGCUUGUAGUUUUGGAGGGGGGAAAUAUUUUGGCAUCAGUAAGCAGGAAAAGUGUAUAGAAUGGACUCUUUUUCCAUCUGAUAUGACAAUCUGUGUUUGAUAAAUCGCCGACCCUUUCACUUGU